AAUUUGUUUUAAUUAAAAAAAUUUUAAUAUUGUAAAAUAUUUUUUUUAGAUGAUUAUCUUUCUUUACAAGAAUAUAAGAAAGAAAAAUCAAAUUAUGUAUUUACUAACAAAAACUUGAUAAAAAAUUUUUUUGAAUAAUUUAUGUUGCUCCUCAGGAUUAAAAUACUAAUAUUGUUCCUUUAUAUAUAAAAUAUAAACAUUUAAAUACUUUAAUGAUAUAUUAAAAAAAAUUUAUUAAUUUUUUAAUAAAUACAAUUUAUGUCAUCAUAAAGAAUGGAAUUACAUUAUAUGUAGAAAAAUUUAAUUUUUUAUGUAAAAAUAAAGUGCUGCAUUAAAAUCACUGUCUAACAUAAUGAAUGUUUCUUAUAGAUAUAUAUUUAAUAUUUAAUAUUUUCAGUUUUAUUGAAAAAUAUUUUUGAUAAUAUUCAUUUUUAAAAUAAAAAUAUAUGCAAAAAUAAAUAUAAAUAUAUAUAAUAAUCAUAUUUUGGUAUGUCUAAUUUUUUUAAAAUUAUAUUUGUUCCAAGUCCCAAUAUACCAUUUAUAAUUAGAGAGAAAAAAAAAUUUAUUUUGUUUUUUAACUAAUAGUAAAUAGAAUUUAAAAAAUCUUCUUUAUCAAAAAUUAACAAUUAUAAAAAAUUAAUUGCAACAAUUGCAAAAAGAACAAACAAAUGUGAUAAUGUUAAGAUUCAGUAAGUUAGUUCAGUAAUUUAAUGCAAUACUUUUCAAAAAAUAUAAAAUUUUUAUUUAACUUUUAUUUAUACAUUGGUUUAUUUUUUAAUUUUAAAUUCUUAUAUUUAGAUAAAAUGCAAAUAAUAUGUAAUUGUUUUAGAAAUGCUUGUUUAAAAGUUAAAAGUAUUAUGAAAUAUACAAUCAUGAAAUUUUUUUCAUUAAAAUAUUUAGGUGAUGACAAUUUUACAAUAUGAAUAGUUUUUUAUAAAUACAAAAUUAUAUGGAUUUUAUGAGACAGGCUAUAAUUAUUUUCUUUAUUAUUGUGAAAUGAUUUUAAAUACAGUUUUUUAUUUUAUAAUAUGCUCUUUAAUAAAAGUAUGCCUGUUAACAUUAUAUUUAUUAUUAUAUACUGAUGUAACAUUUUUGUUCUCUUUUAAAAUAUAACAUUGAUCAAUAUAAUUGUUAACAGUAAUAAUUAAAUCAAUAAUUAAUUCAGUUGUCUUAUUUUUAUUAAUAUAUUUAAGUUAUUUUAAUUAAAAACAUAUUUUAAAUUUUAAAAAAUGAUAAAACUUUUAUCUAAAAUAAUAAAUAUUGUUGUUAUUAACAAUGAUUAAUUUAUUGCAUUAAAAAUUGAAAAAUGUGCAUAAUAAAUUUUAUGGAAUAAAUUAAACUGUUUUUUUAUAUGAAAUGAAUUAUAAGUAAAAAAUAUUCCUGCAUUUCAUUUUUUAUAACCCUUUAAUUUAAUAGAAAGAUAAUUAUUUUAAAUAAUAAUUUAAAACAAUAAAUUAUUUUGCUUAAUUGAAAUAAUAUAUAAAUAAUAUAUUUGUUUUGUUAUAUAUAAUCUAUUAUCUAAAUAAUUUUUAUAAUAAUAUUUAAUUAUCUUUUUAAAUUAUAAAUAUUAGAUUAAUAUUAAAGAUUUAUCUCACAUAUCUUACUAUUAUUUAAAUAUAAUAAAAAAAUAAUAGGUCUAGGUUAUACAUUUUAAUAAUUUUACCUAUGAAAUUUAUUACAUUUUUUUAAAAUCAAUUUUGCAUUAAUGUGUAAAGUUUUCAAAUUAGUUUUUAUUAAUUUAAAUAUAUCUUUUGAAAUGAAUCAUAAAUCUUUCUGUAAAAUAAUUAUUAAUAUUCAUAUAAUAAUUUCUAAAAAUGUGCAUAAUUAAAAACUUAAUUUAUAUUUGAUUUAUAUUUGAUUUGUUUCAUUUUAAGAAAUUAUAUGUAUAAUAAUUGUUAUAAUAUUUUUAUAUAUCUCAUUAUUUUUUGCAUAAUAUAUAAAAUAUCUUAUAUGUACGAUUUAUUACACAAUUGUAUCACUAUAAUGUAUAAUGUAUAAUGAUACAAAAAUAUAUAACAAAUUUGAACGAUCAAAAUAUAAUUUGUUUUUGGAAAUUCUGUUUUUUUACAAGUUAAUGUUUGCAUUUUAUAUAUAAUAUUAUAAGUCAUUAUUGUACAAUAUUUUAUGCAAUUCAAUAAGAUAACAUUUGAUCUUUAGGACCCCCACGAAUUAUAAGAUAUUUGAUUGUUGUUUUGUAUACAAUAUCAUAACUUAUAAUACUAUAUGUAUUUACAUGUAGUUGUCUACAUAUAUAUAGUAUGAAUUAUGGGCUAUUAAAAAUUACUUCGGAAUUUGAAGCUACACACUUGUUGAAUCUAUUCUAUAGUGCGUACGAAAGUCUAUAUUGGGUAUAAAAUUAUUUUGAUUGAAAUUUAUUUCUUUUUAGAAUAAUAUUUUUAGAAGAAGAAUCAUGUCUAGUGGAAAUUUAGCAUUAUUAAGUGUCUCUGAUAAAAGAAAUCUUUUACCAUUUGCUAAGAAAUUGCAUGAACUAGGUUUGACAUUAGUUGCUUCUGGUGGAACAGCAAAAUUUUUGAGAAAUGCUGAUCUUCCAGUAAAAGAUGUUUCUGAUAUUACUGGUGCUCCUGAAAUGCUUAAUGGAAGAAUUAAAACUCUUCAUCCUGCUAUUCAUGCUGGUAUAUUAGCUAGAUUCACAGAAUCAGAUCAACAAGAUCUUUGUAAACAAAAUUAUGAACUUAUUCAGCUUGUGGUAUGUAACUUAUAUCCAUUUGUAAAUACAAUUACAAAAUUAGAAGUAAAGCUUGAAGAUGCAAUAGAAAACAUAGAUAUUGGUGGAGUAACUUUAUUACGAGCUGCUGCUAAAAAUCAUAAUAGAGUAACAGUUAUUUGUGAUCCUAAUGAUUAUGAAAAAGUUGAAAAAGAAAUGCAAUCUUCUAUUAACAAAGAUACCUCUUUGGAAACUAGACAAUUAUUAGCAGUUAAAGCAUUUACUCAUACAGCAGAAUAUGAUAAUGCAAUCUCAGAUUAUUUCCGUAAACAAUAUAGUAAUAAAGUUUCUCAAUUGACAUUGAGAUAUGGAAUGAAUCCACAUCAAAAACCUGCACAAAUUUUUACAAUUUUAGAUAAAUUACCAUUAACAGUAGUAAAUGGUUCCCCAGGUUUUAUUAAUCUCUGUGAUGCAUUAAAUGGUUAUCAAUUAGUAAAAGAAUUAAAAGUAGCUCUAAAUUUACCAGCUGCAACAUCUUUUAAGCAUGUUAGUCCAGCUGGGGCAGCAGUUAGUGUGCCAUUAAACAUAGUACAAGCAAAAUUAUGUCAAGUAGAUGACUUAUUAGACCAACUUACACCAUUAGCAACUGCUUAUGCGCGUGCACGAGGAGCUGAUAGAAUGUCUAGUUUUGGAGAUUUUAUAGCAUUAUCAGAUACAUGUGAUGAAGUUACUGCUAAAAUUAUAUCUAGAGAGGUUUCUGAUGGCAUUAUUGCACCUGAUUAUUCAGAAAAUGCGCUCAAAAUUUUAAAAAAGAAAAAAAAUGGUGCAUAUUGUAUACUUCAAAUUGAUCCAAAUUAUAUGCCACCUCAAAUGGAAUAUAGAGUUUUAUUUGGAUUAACUAUGGAACAAAAACGUAAUGAUGCAAUUAUUGAUAGAAAUAUAUUUUCUAAUAUAGUAACCAAAAACUACACAACCAUUUCUGAUUCUGCUAUGAGAGAUUUAAUCGUAGCUACUAUUGCUUUAAAAUAUACACAAAGUAAUUCAGUAUGCUACGCAAAAGAUGGACAAGUAAUUGGAAUUGGUGCAGGACAGCAAUCAAGGAUUCAUUGUACAAGACUUGCUGGUGAUAAAGCUGAUAAUUGGUGGCUUCGACAGCAUCCUAAAGUUAUUAGUAUGAAAUUUAAGAAAAAUGUAAAAAGAGCAGAAAUUUCAAAUGCUAUUGAUAAUUAUGUAAAUGGAUUUGUUGGAAAAGAUAUGGAUGAAGCUUCAUGGACAGCAAUGUAUGAGGAAGUGCCACAGAAACUCUCAGAAAGUGAAAGAAUAGAAUGGAUAAAAAAAGCAAACAAUAUUGCUCUGAGUAGUGAUGCUUUCUUUCCAUUUAGAGAUAAUGUGGAUAGAGCUAAAUUAAGUGGUGUUAAAUAUAUUGCAAGUCCUUCUGGUUCUGUAAAUGAUGAAGCAAUAAUACAAGCUUGUGAUGAACAUAAAAUAGUAUUAAUUCAUACUAAUCUAAGAUUGUUCCAUCACUAAAUGAUUAUAUUAAAUUAUAAUUCAAUAUAAUAGUAUAUUAUUUUAUUAUAUUAAAACAAUAUUCAUUAUAAAAACUAUACCUAUAAUAAAUAAAAUAUAAAUUAAUAACAAA